GAGAUUGUGGGACAAGGGCCUAUUGUUGUGCUGUACUAUUCUAUGUUUUAUAAUAGAAUUUAACAGGUUAGAUUUUUUCAGUGGCACUUUUUCUUCAUGGUGUCAUGCUUAUCUGUCAUCUUAAUAACAUUCUUAUGUUUAAGUCCACCGAAUGUCAUCACAAAGGUACAUGAUGCUGUAUGAAUGUUCUCCACAUAAUUACACACCCCUGAUAUCCAAAGGAAGACUAUCCAGUGGUCAUUGCUUCCUCUUUGAGAUAUCAACAUAUAUUCACCAUGUCCCCUCCCUGACCUAUUAUCAAUAUCUAAACGUUCAUGGUAAGUACAUGACAACCUUGAAAAUACGAAGACAUUGCAGAAGAUACACCCAUACAACAUAAAUACCUGUGCAGGUGCUACAAUUCCCCUAAUCAUAUGUUAAUCAUAUUAUCAUUUGGUAAUCAUACUUGGAAAAGUAAGACCUAUUUAGGUUAUUUCCUAUUUAAGCCUUUGCCUUUUCCCAUGCAGUCUAUGACACUUGGAAAUGUUCAUCCAAGUAUUUUUAAAUGAGACAAGGAUUUUCACCAUCAAUGCCCCUUAAGGAACUGUGCAACUGAGUUUCAGACCCUCAUCACUACUCCUUUGGUAAACAAAGUUUUCAGUUUUGCUUUAAUUUUUCUGAGAAUUCUGCGUCUCCUGUUUUUGAUUCACUUCUCUGCAAAAGGAGAUAAUUUGUUACUGUUCACCCUAUAUGGGCCUCUGCUAAUUUUACUACCCAUGUUUAAAUCUCUCAGCUGCUUUUUCCCCAAAGAAAGCAACAACUGCUAAGUCAUACUUCCCUUAUAACUUGAAUUCCCCAGCCCAAACAACAGCUUCGUGAAUCUCUGUGCAAUUUCACAUUGUUCCUGUUAUGCGGUGACCAAACUGCACCCAUUUGGCUAUAACAAUAAGGCAAGGAAUAAGAAAUUUCAAUUGGAAAAUUGAAUUCUUGGUCCGUGUGUCUGGUUAACGAGUUUGAGCUAGUCACCUUCGACAUUCUUAGUAUCUCCUGCGUCAUAUUGCCAUUCAUCACAAAUGGAAAGUGUUGAGAUGUUGAGCAAGAACAGGACUGAUGGUUCUCGAUACUCAUUAUUUUGAUUCAUACAUGACAGAUUAUAAGACCAUAACCAGUUUCCAUGGAGGCACAUUCUAGUCUGUGAUUGAUACCAGGAAUAGAUGAUAAAAUAGUCCUUAUGUCAUGUUUGGUCACAUUACUAUUUUACUGUUAUGUAAGAUUACAAUUACUUCACAUUAAUUGUAAAUAUAAUUUUAGUUACAAUUUUCCACCGGAUACUCAAAUUAUCACCAAAAGAAACAUCUAGUUUAAUACAUUUAGCAGCAAGGUUAUGAAAGGCUGAUGUUUUGUGGUUACAGGCAUUGUGAAGGGUAAGUGUUUACUGGAAACCCACCUUGCGUUCAAACAUGCCAGUUCUCUGAUUUUGUCAGCUUUUUUUAUUUGGCCUCCCACGUAAUUCUACAGUUUUUGCGAUAAGCUUGCAGACUUCCUGCCUCAACCCCCUCUGUUUUACUGAAAGCAGGAAACUGUACUUUAGUCUGACGUUGCUGCCUCAGUUCAGGACUCUGCUGCUCACCUGUCAGGAUCAGGAUCCACAUUUCAAACUGCUGUGCUGGAAGUAACUCCGAAUGGCAGAAUCUGGCUCUCUCAUCUAAACACAGUCACCAAUCUUCAUUAAAAAGAUAAAAGAGGGUGAAUGCUGAAUAAAAUGACACAGCCAAUGAGGGAACCUCUGCAGAGGAGGAAGUCACUGGGACCGAUGUCCCCAAAUGCUGCGAAACGACUCUAUCGCAACCUGUCCUUCAGAUUAAAGGGCAGUCCCAGCUCGGAGGAGGGCUGCCUCAUCAAAAAAAUCGAGAGGGAAAGAAGCAAGAAAUCUUCAUGCAUGAACAUUCAGUAUGAUUCAGUCUUUGACGCUGUGGAGCAUGAGGACCUCGAUGCAGUUCAGCGGAUUCUUGAACGACCUGGCAUACUUGGCAACCUCAAUGAGGCAACGAGCAAUGGCCUGGUGCCUCUAGAUAUUGCUGUCUUGACUAAUAACAUCUCAAUGGCGAACCUCUUAAUAAAUGCUGGAGCCAGGGAUAACCAUCAUUUCAACGAGGCCAGCUGGUCCACACAUCUGACGACAAUAGUGAGCAAUGCAGGGCAAAAGAUUUCCGAACUGACAGAACUGAGGAACGAAGAAUCAGAGGCUGAUUUCCACAACAAAACCAGAGCACUUCGCACUUGGAGAUUUCGAUACAAGCUGUAUAAGCAAAUGAAAGCUGCUUUUGACAAUGCGUAUGUUCCCGAUUCUCCAGAGAAUGUGCGUUUGUUGGUAACUGGUAGCACAUCUCUUCAAGUGACAUUUGAAGAACCACGAAAGACAGACAGCUUGAUGAUCACGCGAUACAAAGGUACUUUAAAACGCGUUAUUUACUGUUGUAGUUGCAAUUAUGUGUUUAAUGCUCAGAAGUUCAGGAGUUCCAAGGACAAUGAGGGAGGGAGAUGCAGCCCUCUCCCCAAACAUGAAGGAGCAAAUGUCCUCUAUCUGCUUGUUCUAAAACAACAUGUUUCUCAUCAACAGGGUGCUCUCUACUAUGUACGUGUUUCAGCUUACAACAUGAAAGGAUGGGGUCCACCAAAGUCUUCCUCUCCCCCAUGUGCUGCUCCUUCUAGUUGGAAAGAGUGCUCAGAUAUUAAGCUGAGGCACAAGGACCAAAGCCAAGCUGUGCUGCAGCUUCUGGAGAGAGUGAAGGGCCCUUGUCAUCGCAGUUUUGUCAUGGAAGCAUCAAAGGUUCACGUGACUAGUAAAAGACUCUUGGUCUCGCGAAGCCUUAAGUACCUCUUCCAAAACACAAGCAAAUUUGUCAAGACACUGCAGAGGGGGGUGUACUUAGCUGCCAUUUUCUUCUACAAAGAGAACAUCCUGGUGACCAGUGAGGACCAGCUCCCCAUCGUUGAGAUUGACAGCUGCUGCUCGGGCUCUGACAUGCAAGAAUUCCUCUGGUUCUCCAAGCUCUCCUGUAUGUGGAAGGACAUCCAGUGGCUGCAGCAGGGAAUGAAUUCCACACUCUCUUCCUCCUCCUCAGUUCUGCAGACCAGGCAGAAGAUGUUAGUAGCAGUGUCCCAGCUCCAGAGCGUGCUGGGGACACAGGACCUGGGCCAGGUGCACUUUGAGCCCAUCAAGGACAAGCUGGGCAAUGUUUUGAUCCUCACGGUCAAGGAGCUGCUGCCGUCGCAAGCGCUGGACAAUGUCCGGUGGAUCCCACUGUCCAAGCUUCACAACUAUCGGAAAUCCGUGUCUGCCCUUGACUGUCUCACCGCACUGGACAUACUGCUCAUGACCAUGAAGGACAAACUAGAGUACCACCAGCGGAGCAGGCGGGCUUUGCCUGCAGGCCUCUACCUCGGCUACCUCAAACUCUGCAGCUCUGUGGACCAGAUUAAAGUUCUCGUUCCGUACAGGGUCCCCAACAUUCUCUGUCACACUAAGAUACGGAACAACAGAAAUGUGUCCAGGGAGGAGUGGGAGUGGCUGCAAAAGGUGUCGUCUCUGAAUGAUUCCAUCGUCACUGAAGGGAACGCAGGGAGCCCGCAGUGCCAUUUCCUAGCGGAAGUCCGCACAGCUGUGAAGAACCUCCUCGUGCAGGUGGAUGUAUCCCUCAGCCAGGCUGUGGAUUUUCGCUUGUACACGCAGGAAGUUCUGGAGUUUGGAGAUAAGGUCUCCUUCCUCUUGUUGCUUCCUCCCAUAGAUGAUGUGUGCUCAGCCCCAGGUCAGGAUGGACACCCCUCGGGGUUUCUCACCCUGCCUCUUCAGAUCUUCGAACUUGUUCACUUCUGCACCUAUGAACAAGAUCUCUUUGCACAAUACUGCCAGACCUCGAUUUUAUUGGAACUUGAUUCUCUGCUGUCUCAACAAGCUUUGAGGGAAGCCAUUGAUAACAUGGAACUGAUUGAAGCAAAGGAGAAACAUGGCCAGGUGACAGACCUUAUUCAGCAAUUGGACGAUAGUUGGAAGGAAGUCCGUUGGAUCACAGACGUUCUGCAAUAUGCCCGAUAUCGCCAGCCUCCCACCGGGACCCCAUUAUCCUGGAUCCUGGAGAUCCCAAGCACAGUGGACAGUUGGAGAGCAAAUACAGUCACAAACCUCCAGACCUCCGCUGAUUCCUCUCCGGAUUGUAAAGGCAUGAAGAAGACUCUGGGUUGCAAAGAAAUCCUGGAUGAAGAUGACGUGUUCUUGCCUAUGGAAAGAGACUGUGAUUCCAAGCAGGUCCACACUCCCAAACAGCUGGAUCCAGUGUGGUCCGUAGCCAGAGAGGACCAUCACUGGGGCACAGAGAAUGCGAGAGACACAGACUGUACAAAGCCCCAGACGCACUGCGCUCUCCGCGGUGAACAGCACAGACACGGGAAGGCUGACAAAGAGUACUUUCGGACACGGAGUCUGGACCUCAAAGACCGGGCCGUCAAGGAAGACAUCUCUUGCAAGUUCUGGUCACAGCCAACAUCAGUGGAUGAAAACACGGAGCGGUCUGAUCUCGAAGAACCCGACCCUUUCACGAUUGAAGCUGUCCAACGCAUGCAUCUACCUGAAUAUAGUUUGGUGGAGUGGAUCAGAGAGUCCCAGGACACCUAAGCAUUCUGUUACCUUAAAACUGAACCAACUGCUCAGAUGUAAAAUAUCCCACCUCUGAUUAGAGUCACACAGUAUCUCUGAGAUAUUUUCAAGUGGCCACUGAGUUAGGAACUCGCUUUGUUCUAUGAGGAAGGACAUACAGGACAUCCCAAAGCAGUUUACAGCUAAUGAGACACUUUUGAGCUAUAGUCGCUGUUGUAAUGGAGGCAAUGCCGUGACAGUUUACGCACAACAAGAUCACAUGAGAUGAUAACAACCAGAGAACAUGAUUGUCGAUUGAAUGAUAAAGGGGAAACUCCCCUUCUCUUCUUCAAAAGUUUCUUCUUCAAAUGCAAUCUUUUAUGUCUAGCGUUGUGAGCAGCCAGAGCCCCAGUUAACAUUUGAUCUCAAAGGCAGCAGCUGUGAUUCUCCAGCAUUCCCUCAGUGCUGCCUGCCCCCAUACAAUUACUGACAUUCAUAAGAAAAGAAUGGGGGCAUUCAGCCCAUCAUGAAUGUACGUGUUGGUUGAAGCAGGGUUUAACCAGGUGAAUCCUCCUCUCUACCUCUUCAACCAAACCAUUGUUGGGCACAACAGUGUCUGGGUAGAUCCUUAAUGUGAUGAGAGUUGUUGCCAUUUUUAUCUUGCUGGCAGUGAGCUCCAGACUCUCAUCACAUGCUGAAUGAAUAAUAAUCUCAACUGCCCUUCAAACCAUUACCAUUUCUUUAAAAUGUUGAUAUUGACCUUUCACAGAACCGUAAUCAUAGCAAAUUAUAGCACCAAGAAUCAUUUGAUUCAUGUGUUCAAAUUAUUCCUGCAGCUCUGUCCUGGGUCCAUGACCUUUGAUUAUUGUAUUUCAAGUACGUAUACAAGGAUUUUUCAAAAAUAUGCUGAAGGUUUUGUCACUCUGUCAGUCAUUGGGUUCGGGAACCUGCCACGCAUAAGGUUCAAAGUCAAAUCUCAAUUCCCAAUUACUACCCUUUACAUUUCUUCGUUUUUGACUUCUUCUUCUUCCGUGUGGCGUGCACAGCCUAAAGUUGUUGGGACAACUUGUUCUAUUUGAUCUUUCGUUUGUGCACGUCGAGUUGAUUGCAUUAGUCGAAACAGGGCGGACCACGUGAAGGUUGCAAUCUUCCACCCCAGUUUUUGACUUAAAAAUAAUAAAAUGGCUCUCCAAAGACCAGCAAAUUUAAAGUAUACACAUUCAUAUACACAUGGUCCAACCGUUUUCAUCUGGGGCUUGGUACUUGAUCCGAUCUUCCAGCUAAAAUGCUUCCCACUGCCCUGACAUUGACUCACCUUUAAGUGGCAAUUUGCAGUCAGCGUUCGGUGAUGCCCAUCACAGCCAAUAGGGCAGUUCUGUCCUGGUCUUUUUCUAACAUUGUGCUUAGGAGCCCUAGUGAGACCACACCUGGAGUCUUGUGUGCAGUUUGGGUCCCCUAAUUUGAGGAAGAACAUCCUUCCUAUUGAGGGAGUGCAGCGUAGGUUUACAAGGUUAAUUCCCGGGAUGGCGGGACUGUCAUAUGCUGAGAGAAUGGAGCAGCUGGUCUUAUACACUCUGGAGUUUAGAAGGAUGAGAGGCAAUCUCAUUGAAACAUAUAAGGGCUUUGGACAUGCUAGAGGCAGGAAACAUGUUCCUCAUGUUGGGGGAGUCCAGAACCAGGGCCACAGUUUAAGAAUAAGGAGUAAGCAAUUUAGAACGGAGACGAGGAAACACGUUUUCUCACAGAGAGAUGUGAUUCUGUGGAAUUCUCUGCCUCAGAGGUCGGUGGAGGCAGGUUCUCUGGAUGCUUUCAAGCGAGAGCUAGAUAGGGCUUUUAAAAAUAACGAAAUCAGGGGAUAUGGGGAGAAGGCAGGAAUGGGGUACUGAUUGGGGAUGAUCAGCCAUGAUCACAUUGAAUGGCGGUGCUGGCUCGAAAGGCCAAAUGGCCUACUCCUGCACCUAUUGUCUAUUGAUAAGUUAUGAUCGCGAUCAACUAAGUUGACCCAUGCUGAGACCCUGUCCUUAUGCCCAGUUUGAUUCCGAAAAAUUGUCUAAACCACCCUCUCUGUAGGUAAAAGGUUCCUAUGGGCACAUUUAUCUGUUUUCAUUGAUAUUGAAAUGUUGACGGACCUUCUGGUUGCUCUUCUCCCUCCGACUGUUUUGUAACCAAAGGAACCAUCGGCAUAUUCCUUUUUUUUUCUUCCCCCAUAAUGUUAAUAACUUCUAAAUAUAUAUGAGGUGUUGCACUUUGGCAUGUCAAACAGGGCAGGGCUUACACGGUAAAUGGUAGUGCCUGUAGAAAUAACCAUAUAACCAUAUAACAAUUACAGCACGGAAACAGGCCAUCUCGACCCUUCUAGUCCGUGCCGAACACGUAAUCUCCCCUAGUCCCAUAUACCUGCGCUCAGACCAUAACCCUCCAUUCCCUUCCCAUCCAUAUAACUAUCCAAUUUAUUUUUAAAUGAUAAAAACGAACCUGCCUCCACCACCUUCACUGGAAGCUCAUUCCACACAGCUACCACUCUCUGAGUAAAGAAGUUCCCCCUCAUGUUACCCCUAAACUUCAGUCCCUUAAUUCUCAAGUUUGAAUCUUCCCUACUCUCGGUGGGAAAAGCUUUUCCACGUCAACUCUGUCUAUCCCUCUCAUCAUUUUAAAAACCUCUAUCAAGUCCCCCCUUAACCUUCUGCGCUCCAAAGAAUAAAGCCCUAUGUAUGUUAAUUUCAUCAGUUAUCCCUUUCGCAACAGUACCCGCCCAGUCUCAGGCUGUAGUUGAACAGAGAACGGCUCAAGAGACUUUCUUCCUCCCGGACAACUGAGCCAGCGGACAUCAUUGAUUUUUUUGAUUUUUUUUUAAGAAGGAACUGCAGAUGCUGGAAAAUCGAAGGUACACAAAAAAAGCUGGAGAAACUCAGCGGGUG